CCAAAUCAAAUUGGAUGAUUCGCGAUGCAUCGUCGCCGAUUACCUUCGAAAAUAUUGGAAAAUUCUAUUUUUCCACCGUUUCACUGGCUUGUUGCAUUACAAAUGUGCAAAUCUUUUAUUUUCUAACGAUGAAGGCGACAUCGCGGCAAACGUCAAUACCAUCGGACGAAGCAAAGAUACGUCAGAAGACAAACCAACAAGAACAAAGAACGUGCCUAAAGAGUAAACGAAUGAAAACACUGUGAUAAACACACGUUUUGAACGAAAGCGCGCACACACAUACCAACCAAAUAGUAUCGUUGUUGUUUCGGUCCGUAUGUUUUUCAAUUCACACAAACGUACACUCGUACACACUGGGUUCAAGUAUACUCUUUGCUUUCAGCAUACAAGUGUGUGUUUCUUUGGUUUGUGUAUAUGCAAAGGCACUGCGAAUAUCAGUGAUUUAUAGUGGUGUAGUUGUUACUGCAUUCAAUAUUUCGAGCGAAGAAAAAAAAAUAGGUUUUUCUAUUCGGUCGUGUUGAAUAUUUCUUCUUAUUGUGUUGUGCGAAAGAGGAAAAAAACGGAUUUUUUGUGUGUCCGAUUCCGUUUUGUUUCGUGUUUGGAGUCAUAACACACCGAGAAAGAGACUGCCACUGACAAAAAGUCUUUUUUUUUCAUUACAAAUGAUAAGCUAAGUUAACUGAGAUUGCAGUAAAAAAAAUCGAAGUCACCAAAAAAUAAGUCGAAGAGAUAAUCGUUUGUUUUUCAAUUUGCCAAAGAUCGUGUGCAAUACACACACGUUACCAUCUCUACACAUAAUAUACCAACGAAAAUCAAAACCAAAGAUCUUCAAAUUUAAAUAAAAAAGUAUACCAACCAACGAAAUCAAAAGUUACUUCAACCAAAUAUUACAAAAACGAGAUUUGUGCUGUGUGUUAGUUAUUAUUGCAGGAAGUCAAAAAGCGAGCGAAUUGAAUUUCAUUACAUAGAAAUUGUUCCGAUGAAAGCAUAAAAUCGAUUGAUUAUUAGUGGACUGCGUGGAAUUGCAUCUGAUUAAAAGAGCAUAUUUAAGGCGUAAAAGAUAGAGACAUUCGGUUUGGUAAACGCGCGCGUGUAUUGAAAUAACACCCAGAAGUGGCGAAACGCUAAGGUAAGUGUUUCCGAAGAAAUUUCAACGCAGUUUGUUUUUUUAAACAUAUUUUUCUUGCUUCUUUUGAGAAGGUGAAAAAACCCAUAAAAUUUAUUCGAAAAAAUACGAAAAUUAUCAGCCGCCAUAAUCCAGUGCGAACUUUCUAAAAAAAACUCACAUUCUUUUUUAUUCAAUCUUGACUUGACGGCAUGAAUUGCUUUACCUUAUCCGACCAUGUCAUAAUUACAAUAAACGAAAACACAAUCUGAAAAGCCUACGAGAAAAAAAUUAAAUGCGGAAAAAUUGAGGUGUGCGCGCGAGCGAGCGUGCUGAUGCACGAAAACAAUAGAAUUCAACAAAACAACAACGACCACAAUUGAAUAUUGGUUAUGAUUCCGUCGUUUUUUCGUUAUAUAUGACCGGAAUUGUGAAUUUUUCAUUUACAAUUUGGUUUUAUGUUGUGUUCGGCAUAAGCACGCGCGCGUACGCCGAUUACUUUUUUUCGGGCAUUCAAUUUAUUUGGGUCUCACUGACUUUCCACGCUCACUCAUAUUUUGCACAUUUACGCGCACCACUUUUUUCAGCUGACAUGUCACACACAAACACGCAAAGCAGUACACGCAUGUGUUUGCAUUACACAAUCAAAUUCAAAGGUGAUGCAAUUCAUUCGAAGAAGUUCACUUUGCUUCGACGCACCGUCAUUCCCUUUGGAUUGUAGUUUGGUUUCGUGCCGAGAAUUGCAUUCAUAUUCCAUUAGAAAUGAGUCAGAAGUGUGAAACUUGAAAACGAAACGACAACAACGAUUUCAUUCUACGUCUCUGGAUUUUGUACGUGCUGAAAUUGGUGGUUAUUAAUUUGGCUAUUGCAAUCGUGUUAUUAGUGUGAAUUUUUUCGCAAUUAAAAAUACCUUUUUGUGCCGAUGUGAAUUGACAGCCGUUUCAACGCCAAAUUCAUCUGGAAACCGUUUGCGGUUUUGCGAAUUAAAAUAGUAAUGUGUUAGUCAUACGACUACUGAUUUUACCCUCUUUGAAUAUUUCAAUGCAUGCCAUUUUGCAGACUUACUCAUUCGAUUCAUUCUUUUGUCGUCAAACAAAAACAAACGAAACAAAAAUUAAGACCGGCACUGAAAUUGCGACAAACAUAAAUUGGUUGAGUACGAAAAUUAGCGACAGAAAUGUUGCAAUUGUGAGAAGAAGUUCCCAUACUCUUCUUCAGAGUUCCAAUUUUUCCUACCUAUGGGGGCUAUGGAUCCGGAUAAAUGGUGGCAAAUGGCCUAAUUUGGUGUGGCCUAGCGAGCCAUACCGACCAAAAAUCCUUUUGCUCCCAUUGGGAAAAUUUCGAAAAUUCAUCCUGAGCAAAAAACAGCACUUGUCUUGAGCAUAAAAGUGAUUGUCUCGAACAAAAUAAGCAACUGCAGUUAACUUCAAUCACAAAUCACUCUUAGUCAAAAUGUCCCAAAUUAAUCGACUGACUGAAAGAAUAACUAAACGUGAUUGUUUCCAUACAAAACGCAUGAUUUCAAUCAACUUAGCCAGUUUUAGUUGUGUAUCACUACAUACAGUUGCAUACAACUGAGUGACUGUUAGUCAUUUUAUUUGCACACGGGAUAUAUCUUGUUUCUUUCCACCCGAUAAAAUGAAAAUGAGUGCGCGAAAGCGCGAUCGCCGAUUCAUUUCUUGUUUCGGUGAAUGAAAGUACGUGUGCUCCGGGCCACAAUCAACAAGCAUGACGCAUGGGCGCUCAGAUAAAACAAGCGAUAGAAAAAAGAGAUGCACUUUAAUUGCGUCGAUAUGAAAAAAAAAACGAAACGUGCAUACACAGAGAAAGAGAGCAAUUUCUUCAAAGAAGAAGAAUGGCAGCAACCGCACACGUACACGGAUACGUGAAAAUCAUAUUGAGGUGCCGGCACUUUGGGUGUUUUUCUUUCUGCAAGCCGACACAUGAAUUGUGGCGAAGCCUUCCUCCGAAGAGGAUCAACACGGUAAAAACGAGUAAGAAAGAAUGAGAGCGAUAGAAUAAAAAAAAGAAUCAGACAGAAAGGCUGUUAGUGAUAGCGCAAUUGGCGAGAGUCAGCCGUACAUUUGAUCAUAAAAAUAGUUACAGGCAAAAUGAACUGGCACAAGCAAGUCACAGACAAUCGUAGAACUUAAUGAUCGUGAGAAUGUUUCCGAUAUAAAAAUAGUUGUAUAAAAAGAAUAACGAGCAAUUUUGACGAUGAUAUGCGAUUGUGACGGAAAUUUGACCGUUGUCUGUGAAAUGACAUUUAAAGCCACUUUAAGUAUAAAUUUGACCAAACAAACUUCGUUGCCACUUCGGAAAUGUACCACAAAUAGCAAUGAUAUUGCCGCUUCUCUCUUGUGUACAUGUUCAAUCCCAGUAUUGCUUUUAUCGUUUUUAUUAUUUGUUGUUUUCGGUGCACUGGAACCAGUUAUCGUCGUCGUAGAUUUGGUUGUAGCUGACCGCGAGAGCCGAUCCAAAGCCAAUUCACGACGAAUGUAUAUUAUAUAUAUUUUUUCUCCAACACAGAAACAACCUAUGCACACUCAUAUUGAGUCGAGUCAAUGUUUUCUGGCUGUUACACGGCAUGGGCAUGUGUACCAACGGCACCAGCAUGUGCUCUCCCGCGACUAUGCUGUGGUCGAACGUGAACAUUGCUCGUCUUUAGUCGUUGUUGCUGUCGUCGUCUUGGGUUUGUGUAUGCGUUUGCCGCAUGUAUGUAAGCACAAUGUGUAGCUUCGUGUGUAUCGCGCUUUUUCAUUCUCACAUACGCACGCACACACACACACACAAAUGAAAUGAAUUUUUGUUAUUGCCGUUUGCUGUUGUAUUCGAUUUUCGUUUUUUGUUUUCCUCUGUAAAUUUCUUUUCGACUUGUUUUCAGUCAAUCGACGACUUCAGUACAUUGUGCAUCGUUAAAACUCGAUCUAUAACACUAAUUUUUAUUUCUAGUUUUGUGUUGUUGGUGUCUUUUAUUUUCUGUAGAUACACAAAACACACAGCACUUUGAGCAAUAACAUAAUCACAGUAGUAUAUACGGUUUUUUUUUCGUUCAUAGAUACGGUAUUUCGUUUUUCUUAGAACGACAAGUUCGCCGAUGAAUAAAAAACCAAACGAAACGAAAACAAAGUUUUGUUCUUAGUUGUGAUCUUAAGUGUUGUAUCCAUUGCCUGAGAACUCAUUGUUUGGUCGACGAAAUUGUGCAUACACUGAUCACUGACAUUUUCGAUGCAUAUUGUAUAUUUGUUUCGCUCAGGUACUUAAUACGUGUUUUGAAUUCCAACAAAAAAAAAUUACCGUAUUUUUGUUGUGAACACUAAAACGUCAAAGAAGAAUAAACAAAAAUAAAAACAUAAAUUUAACGCUCAGUAGACUUUGUUAAACAAGUGACAACGACACGUUGAAAAUUGUUUGAUAGUGAUUGAACGAAUAGAGAUAAAGCGAACAUAUUCGCAGCAAAAUUCUAAGUGACAUCAUAAUUGCAGUGGUUUUCAAGUGCAACUCAUAAGCAAAACACAAUAGAACAUUUCAGCAUCACUGUAAUUCCAAUUGAUAACAAAAAAGUGUGUCUGAACUGAUUGUUGUUGGCCGGAUUGUGUGUAUUCUGGCUCCACCUCGAAAUUGAACAGCAAAUAUAGUCACCGAGACGAACAACAUUCAUUUAAGAGUUUUGAUUAAGAAACCGUUUCAUUCAAUCGCAACACAAAAAUGGUUGAUUACUAUCGAAUACUUGAUGUGAACAAAGCAUCCACAGAUGCGGAAAUUAAAAAAGCGUACAGAAAAUUGGCAUUGAAGUGGCACCCAGAUAAAAAUCCGGACAACUUAGACGAAGCAAAUCGCAAGUUCCGUGAAAUAUCCGAAGCGUAUGAAGUCUUAUCGGACGCGAAAAAGCGUAAAAUUUAUGACACUCGUGGUAUGAACAAGAGCUCGUACCACAGCCAUAGUUACAGCCAUCAUAAUCAUCACAACAACUACGAUUAUUCGUCGGCAACCGCGCAUCGACGUGGCAAUCGCUACAGUGGCUUCACAUUUCGAGGACUCUUUGAACCGACACCGUUCUAUAAAUUCUUUGAGAGAAAGCGACGAGUGUAUGAUCAAUACGGAAAAGAAGGAUUGCUGGGACACAAUGAACGCUCGCACCGAUCUCGCCGCCACGAUUACGAUGAUUUCGAUUUUGGAUUCGUAUUCCGUUCACCUGAUGAAGUGUUUAGAGAAUUUUUCGGCGUUAAUUCACCAUUUGCCGAUCUUUUUGGUGACGACUUAGGUUAUGGACGACGUGGCGGUAACCGGCAUUCACAUCCACAGAACAGCACAUUGUUGACAUCAUUCAUGAAUCCAUUUAUGGGUGUGUCAUUGAUGGACGACUUCUUCGGUCGAGCUCCUGCAUCCAAUGGUUUCACAUCCAUUUCAUCAAUGUCAUUUAGCAAUGCUCCGGGCAACAGUAACAUGAAGCGAACAUCCACCUCCACCACAUUUGUCAACGGCAAAAAGCUCAUGACUAGAAAGAUCUUCGAGAAUGGUAAGGAGACAGUGUUGAAAUACGAGAACGAUGUGUUAAAAUCGAAGACUGUGAACGGUGUGCAACAAGCGUUACCCUAUUAAGAUAGCUAUUUCACACUGCAUCCACCAUCCUCCCCCUCAAUUUCAUUCAUAAUAUAUCAGUGAUCCACCCAAACCGAAAGAAAUGAUGAAGAAGAAAGAAGAAGAAAAGAAUCAAAUCGAUGUUUGUCACGUAGUUUUUUUUAUUAAUCUGAAUGGCAUCACGUGCACUGCCGUUGUCAUCAUCAUCCACCAUCGCCAUCGCCACCACAACCAUCGUCCGAAUGUGACACAAUGACCGAAACGCAUCGUGUAAUAUCAACCAAUUGACCCAUUCACUACUCCUUUAGAAUGCUGCAGUUUUAAUUUAUUUUCCAUAAUUUACAAAUGAACAACAAUUAAAAUAAAACGAAGAAAAAGAUGGAGAAUUGUUUGGAUUCUAGUUAAUACACAUUAUUAUUGAUAAGCACAUUUAAAUGCAUACAUACGGGAUCGAUGGAUCGAUUUGUACUACGAAUUUUCUUUAGCAAAAUUUCUGAAUGCCAAAUCAUUCCCAUCGAUCCAAACGAUUGAUUGUUGUGUGCUGAUUUCAUGGCGACAUACGAAAUGAUGAACAAAAAUCCAUGAAAAAAAACAACAACAACAACAUGAAUACUAUCAAAAAAGAUUUUAAAAAUUAGUCAAGCAUAUUUUGUUUCAAUCGAACGAAGCAAAAGGAUUAGACGAAAAAAAGCACAAUAGAUUCCAUGUCGUAGGGAAACACUAAUGAUUUAUAAUAACUAUUUGCACACAAACGAUUGAUAGGUGAGGCGUCUUGUUAUGGGAAAAGAAAAGGAAUCGAAGGCAACAACCUUUUCGACGCAGCUUGAGUGAAGCAAUGACUUUGGAAAUGCAAUCGAAAUUUAAUUAUACUUUAGAUCCAUUUUUAGUUGAGUAAAUGAUACCUAUAAUUUUGAAUUCAGUUGAAGGAAAAAUUCUUUGAUCUGCUUUGAAAUAAAACGUUGUCUUGAGCGAUGUGAAAGCCGAAAAAUCAAUUUGCUUUGAAAAUUGUGAAGGCAAUAUUUUUUUAGUUUAAAUUUUCUACAUUUUUCUGAUAAAUUUUCGUUAUUUUUGUAAUAAUGAUGGAACAUUUUUGUUAAAAGUCGAUGAAACAAAAAAAAUGUCAUGCUAAACGAUUGAGAGACGUCGAUAAACUGUCCAAAAGUUCAAAUUAUCAUGUGCAAAUUCGUGAGAAAACAUUUAUGUUUUCCUCUUAAGGUGGUCGCAUUUUUUGUUCUAUGAAAAGCCACCAUUAUCAUGCUAUUACUGUAGAAAUGCCCCAACUGCGUCAGAAUGCCUUCGAUUCAAAUUUCGGAUUUUCAAUGGCCAUACGUUUUUUUCCCCACCAAUAAAGAAUGCUAAAAAGUCAAAAAGUCUCAUAAGAAUGACAAAAUUUUGAACCGCGCACCAAAAUUGUUAAUAAAAAUGGAAUUUUCGAAAUCCAAAUCUCUGGCAAAAGUUGUACGAAUACUGGCGCAUUUCUCACGGCGCACACCUCAGAAAGCUCUUAACCGAAAUUAGUUGAUUAAAUUGAUGUUUAUUCUCGAACAC